AACACUGGCCCUUUAAGACAGUCUCCCAGAGUACUUUGCGAUCGCCAGUGGUAAACGAACCCAUGCUAGCCAUCUGAAUAAAGGAAUGAAUGUGUUAUAUAAACUUUAAAUUUCUGAAUAAACUGCAUCGAUUGAAGACAUGAAGGACACUAGAUAAUUUUCACAUCAUCAGGCUGUUUUUUGACUUUUGUUCAGUUACCUAAACAACCCGAUACGAACAAAACAUGUUGCAACAUUGUAUCAUUUUGCUAUGUGAUAAUUUAUAAGACUAACGUUACAAGAUAAAUGAUCAGACUUUAGCUUAAGCUUUAUUGCAUAAUUUGCUUAAAUUGGCAAUCGUACGUCUUGCAUGUUAAACCACUGUGCGCAGGAAGAUCAACACAAACCUCCCGUCGUGGUUAUUUUGUUCAUAUAUUCAUAUCAUGACAACACGGAAAAGAAAGAAUUCGUUAUUACCGCAUUCAGAGUCUCCCGGGGAUCAGACUGAUGGCAAAGCUCCUAAGAGAUCAGUUCAAUGUCAGUGUUCAGAGAGAGUCCAUAAGAGCUCGAGUAAAGAUGAGAGCUUCAGCCCUUAUUUCUCAAUGAGAGGUGAUGCUGUCAGACUGACUUACAGCUUCUUCGACCAGCCAUGUGUUCAUCUGGCUAAAGCUUUUCUCGGGAAGGUAUUGGUGAGGAAGCUAGCCGAUGGCAAAGAGCUCAGAGGAAGGAUCGUGGAAACCGAGGCAUAUUUAGGUGGGGAGGACAAGGCGUCCCACUCGGCCGGAGGAAAACGCACAGAGAGAAAUACCGCCAUGUUCAUGCAGCCUGGAACCAUCUAUGUCUAUCCCAUCUACGGCAUGUACCUCUGCAUGAACGUGUCGAGCAGAGGGGAGGGGGCGGCGGUGCUUCUGCGCUCAUUGGAGCCUCUGAGCGGUCAGGACGUCAUGAGGGGCCUGCGAGCAGCCAAACGCAAGGCAGGAGCCAAAACCCUAAAGGACAAAGAACUGUGCAACGGCCCGUCCAAGUUGUGCCAAGCACUAGAUAUACAGCGCUGCUUUGACCGCAGGGAUCUGGCCACCGAAACAGACGUGUGGCUUGAGAGGGACCAAGAAGACGAGUCUGUGUGUGAAAGAGAGGUGGUGUCUGCCCCGCGGAUAGGAGUCGAGUCCCAUGGGGAAUGGGCUAUCAAACCAUUGCGCUUCUAUUUGAGAGGCCACCCGUGUGUGAGCGUGCUGAACAGAGAUGCAGAGCGUCAGAUGGACGCACAGUCCUGCACGGACUCGUCUGUUUUAGAUCUUAGCAAGAUGGAAAGGACAGUCUAAUCAUUUUUCAACAGUGUGUUUUUGCUUAUUGAAACAGGUUUUUUAACUAAAAUAAUUUUCUUGAGCUUAUUGAUUUUAAAGAUGUUUGGGCAGCCAUUUGCACCUCGAGGAAAUGACAAACUCCGUCCAAGCUUCUUCUUCACUUUCUCUGCUUCUGUUUCUGUCUGAGGCAUCCAGCCCUGUGGUCUGGAAUGAUCAUCAUGGCGUGUUUUUUUUUUGUCGUGUUUGUCUGACGAAGUGAUCCAUCACUUCAGGGAAUGGACUUCAAAUAGGAGCUGCUUGGGUGGAAAACUGAACCGGUCCGUUUUAUGGCUGUCCAAGUUUGAACCGGCACAAUCCCCUGAAUAUUGUAGUGAAAACAGUGAAAUCUUUGGUCAACUGAGCUAUAUACAGUAGAUUAGGCAUGGUUUAUUGAGAAGCAUCUUAUAAAACUGAAUACUUCCUUA